AUGGAUCGAAUUUCCAUCUGGUUACUCCCCAUUUUAAUCAUUCUCAUCACUCCAAUGUCAAUUUCAUUAGAUGAGGAUGUGAAGCAGGCGCUAGUUCAAUUUAUGGACAAACUUUCACCAGGAAGUUCACAAAGAAAUAUCAACUGGGGUUGGAACAUGAGUUCAGAUCCUUGCAGUGGCCAAUGGGCGGGAGUGUAUUGCAACUAUCCAGAGAAUGUGUCUGUGGGGAAAAUAGCACUUGAUGGGUACAAUCUCACUGGAGUUUUUGAUGCCGGUUCUAUUUGCAUGGUAAAUUCUCUUACUAUCCUCAGUCUGAAGCAGAACCAAAUAAGUGGAUCAAUACCAGAAGAGAUAGGACAAUGCAAGGAGCUAACUCAUUUGUAUUUAAGUGGAAACAAGUUCUCUGGUAGCCUUCCUAAUUCUCUCUCACAAUUGGUUAACUUGAAGAGGCUUGAUAUAUCUGACAAUAACUUCAAUGGUGAGCUUCCUGAUCUGCCUAGGAUUUCAGGCCUGGUAACCUUCUUAGCCCAGAACAAUCAUUUGAGUGGGAAAAUACCAAAUUUUGAUUUUGAAAACUUCAAAAAAUAUGAAUUUAAUGUCACCAACAACAAUUUCAGCGGUCCAAUUCUGUAUCUCCAAGGCCAUUUGACUGCAGAUAGCUUUUUUGGUAAUUCAGAAUUAUGUGGAGAACAACUGUCAACUGCUUGUCCACCUUCUCCUGCUCCUUUACCAUCUGCAGAGGACUCAACACCAUCAUAUAAAGGGUUUUUUAUAUACUUAGGCUACAUAAUUCUAGGUGUGGUUAUAGUGCUCUCAUUAGCCCUCAAAUUUAUUCCCAAAAACAAGCCUAAAAAAGAAAAGGGUGAUGUUGAAAAGAAUAUUAUUGUCGAUGACAAGCCUAGUGAAUCCUCCAAUGAGUCUGGGUUUGGUGUAAACAGGUCAGAUUUAUCAAUGACAUCUCUUGAAAGUGCAGUCACUCCAUCUACACUUUUAGUUCUCACGAGUCCAUUGGCAAAGGAACUGCAAUUUGAGGACUUGCUUAAAGCUCCAGCUGAAUUGCUUGGGAGAGGAAAGCAUGGAAGCCUCUAUAAAGUCGUGCUUAAUAGUGGGGUCGUUUUGGCUGUAAAGAGGAUCAAGGAUUGGGGAAUUUCUGAAGAAGAAUUCCAUAGUAGGCUGCAGAAGAUGGACCAAGUGAGGCAUCCAAAUAUAUUGCCACCAGUUGCAUUUUAUUGCUCCAAUCAAGAGAAGCUUUUGGUCUACGAAUAUCAGCAGAAAGGCAGCCUCUUCCAGCUUCUCCAUGAAUUACAAAAUGGCCAUAAAUUUGACUGGGGAAGCAGACUAAGUGUUGCAGCGAGCAUUGCCAAGGCCUUGGCAUACAUGUACAAGGAGCUGCAUGAGGAUAAGAUUGCUCAUGGCAACCUAAAGUCCACCAACAUUUUGUUUGACAGAAACAUGAAUGCGUGCAUCAGUGAAUAUGGUCUAAUGGAGGCUGACAAAGAAGAACAACCAUAUCUUUCCCGAACCAUUAGUUUCAAAAACAAUAAUCCGAGUGGAGUCAAUACACAUGACACUUUCAAGCUGGAUGUUUAUGCCUUUGGUGUGAUUCUUCUUGAGCUGCUGACGGGGAAGCUGGUCCAGAACAAUGGGACUGAUUUGGCUACAAGGGUGCAUUCAGUAGUUAGAGAGGAAUGGACUGUUGAAGUCUUUAACAAAGCUUUGCUCUCAGAAGGUGCUAGAGAAGAAAGGAUGGUGAACUUGUUGCACGUAGCAUUGAAUUGCAUAAAUCCUUCCCCAAAUGAAAGGCCAAGCAUGAACCAUAUUGCGGUAACAUUAAAUACAUUAAAACAGGAAGAAGAGAGUUCAAUCUCCUUUGAUACUUCAGGGAUAUAUAUGGGCCAUCAACUGUGA